UUAUUCCUUAUACCCAGAGCAGAGCCUGCACUAUACACAGAACACUGAGGGAGAUAUAGGGACAAGAGGACAAAAAGCCCCACUCUGCCUCUCCAUGCCUCCUCCCCUCCCCCACCAGCAACACUGCUCAAAAUGACCCAAAUUCCCUUAAAAAGACCACAAAACCCUAAACCACAUUCGUUCUGGCUCCUGCAAUCCCUACAUAUAUGGCAGAACUUCUUCUCCUAAACUUUCCCUCUAGCCACAAGCAAGCAACAAAGACACUGUCUUGCAUUCAGCCUUGCUAACCAAACUAUUAGGAUUUUCAGUGUAAACAAUAGCCAACGUUUCUGCAACAAUGUUUCUCAGAGAAUGCCCUGCAGCCUUGUAUCUAAGGAUGGUUUUUACAGUGUGGGAUUUCUGCAUUAUAUCUGCCCUCAGCCUGGAUCCAAUCUACUGGAACAGCUCCAACAAAAGAUUUCAGGAUUCAGAAGGAUAUGUGCUGUACCCUCAGAUUGGCGACAGAUUGGACUUGCUAUGCCCUCGCUCAGAGCCCCGUGGACCCUUUUCCUCCUCAUCUUAUGAAUACUACAAGCUUUACCUGGUGGGCACAGAAGAUGAGGUGUUAACAUGCUCCAUCCUACGAACUCCCAAUCUCCUCCUGACCUGCGAUCGGCCGGGACAGGAUCUCCGCUUUACAAUAAAGUUUCAGGAGUACAGCCCAAACCUAUGGGGACAUGAGUUCAAAUCUCAGAGGGACUACUACAUAAUUGCCACCUCUGACGGGACUCUUGAAGGACUGGAGAACCUUCGAGGAGGUGUUUGUGAAACCAAAGGCAUGAAGGUGACAUUAAAAGUGGGACAAAGUCCUGAUGGUGGAACGCCACCCCGCAAACCGUCCUCUUCAGGAAAGGAUGCUGGUCUCUCUCCGUCUGUGCCAAACCCUGACAACCCUAACCUAGGAGGAGAAACAUCUGGUAAUGCAACUAAAACUGGUGAAAACGGUCCCCUUCCGAACUCCCAUGUUCCUCUUGUAGCAGGAGCGGCUGGUGGGGCCGUUCUCCUACUGCUGGUCUUUGGAGUGGUUGGAUGGGCUUGCCACCGACGUCGACAAGCAAAACACAGUGACACCCGGCACCCUCCUCUUUCCUUAGGUUCGUUAACAUCACCAAAGCGGGGAGGAGGUAACAACAAUGGUCACGAACCCAGCGACAUCAUUAUGCCUCUUCGACCGUCAGAAGGGGGUGCCUUUUGUCCUCACUAUGAGAAGGUCAGUGGAGACUACGGACACCCUGUAUAUAUUGUGCAGGACAUGGCUAGCCAAAGCCCCGCCAAUAUCUACUACAAAGUAUGAAAAGAGCCACCACCUUCUGUUCUUCUUGUAGCGUUUUAUUUUUUUUUGGUAAGGGUUGCGGGCUUAUUGUAGGAUGUAUUUUGGAUUUGGUGGAGGAAAAAUUACCAUUAAAUGUGAAGAGGAUAGAGGGUUGCUUAUUCAACCCACCAGUUUUUGCAUUUCCCCUCUGCGCAACCUCCACAGCAUUUUUAGUCGUGAGGUGUGUCCGUUAAUGUUUUCAGAGGCAACAGACAUGCUUAAGACAGUCAAGCUGUGGUCAUCUAUAUCUUCUUCUUGAAAUGGAAGAUGAGCAUUCAGCAUCAUGAAGGGAUUGGGUUAGAUGGUGGCUGGACUGGACGGAUAAGCUGAGCCAGCUACCAUAUUCUAUGUCAAACCUCACGGUUUGUAGAACGUUUUGGAGGAUGAAGAGAAAAUAUUUGUGCCCAAGAGACUGAAAAUAGCCAUUUCAAAUUCAUACAAGAAGAUGUCUGGUUUGUUAUUGCUGGUAUUGGUGUCACGUGUUGACGUGACGAAGAGGGGCCAGCUACCGUUGAACAAAAUAGCAGCUUCUGUUGUCCUCAACAAUUUUUGUAUCUCCAGCCCAACGCCUUAAAUUGUGACAUGUGCCAUCUUUGCUCCCUUUUCUCCCGAAGUUUGCACAAAUGUUUUAGGGCCAAUCCUCUUUGAAAUGUCCCACACGUUAUGAAAUAAUGACCUUAUUCGUGUUUAGACCCCGUGUGCCUUUUAAAUACAGGCAAGAUAACACCUUCCCUUGUAACUGUUUCUUUGUUCCGAGAGAGUUAAAAAUCCUGAGAUAAUAUGGCCUCUGAAGUCCUUUUAUAUUUGUGUUUCUCUAAGAGCGAAAUUGAAAACAAUAUAACCGGAGUGAGGCGAAAAGAAAUAAGACGCUCACAGAUACACGCUCCCACUGUGUCCGCGCGCUGGGACAUGUUGAAAUAUGGCACCUCGGCUGGGGGCACAGGGAGAGGAAAACGGGGGAAUGAACAGAAAACGGAGCGUAAUUAAGAUAGGCCUCGUAUCCAUGACGACAGAUCGGGCCUACUUGCUCUUGAGCUUCUCUCCCCCCUUUUCCUCCCCAUGUCUGCUUCUCUCUCUCCUCGCCGUGGCAUUAAAGUGUCGGUCGCCAGGGAGACAGAUAGCGAAAAUGAGCGAUAAAAAAGGGGGAGAUGUAGUUUUACGGCUCAGUGUUAGAGAGAUAUUUGAAGAUGUCAGCUGCACAAGUAAAUACACUUGAUAAAGGAUGGGCCGUGCAGGGCGGGAGGUCCAUUUUUAAGCCUGACGACGGUCUCUAGCCCCCACUUUCAAAUGAAAUCACAGCCUGUGAAAAUGAACCAAACCUUAGCUCCCACGCCAACCUGAGAACCUGCAGGACAAUUGUUAAAACAUAUUAAAAUCUAUGAGGCAACGCUGUACUUAGCUUGAGUAUUUCGAUUUUUGAGGCUCGUGUUUGUGUGGGAGAGAAAGGGCUACGUUUGGUUCUGGGUUUGAUAUUGGCUUCAUAGGCCUUGCCAACACGUUGAUUAAGUUUUUACACCAAAUUCCUCUUAAUUUGAUGUCUCUAUCUAUGUGUCAAAAUAAUUCAUUGUCUACAGCCUGUAUACAAAAAAAAACAAAAAACAAGUAACUACAUUGUAAUGUACACCUGUCCCGUGAUUUAAAAUGCUACAAAAUAUAAGAUACGGACUGAAAUAUUUUUCAUAAAUUUCGUCGUAGUACUCGGACCACCCUCCCACCUUAUGGCGAGCAGUUGUUUAACCCUCCAAGUGACAUCUGCUGUUUUUGAGUUUAUUGUGUCCUCAGGAGGCUAAAAAUUAAAACACAAACACCGUAUUUUUGUUUUUGCCACGACAAUAGUAUGUGAUGUCAUGAAUGUGCUAAAUCACCACAAAAGAGACCAAAACAAAUUGUCAAAAUGACGCAAAUAGAAAAAAAAUGACUGCGUUAAUUAUAUAAUUAAUUGUAUUUUAUUUUCAUUUAUGAUGACUGGCAGACGCUGCAGCUAAGGAUUAUGGGAAGAAAUUAGCAAAAUAAUAGCACACAUUAUUACAUUUGAAUAGGGAAUGCCCUAAAAAUUACAGCCCUGCAUAAUUAUAUUUUACUUUGUUUAAACCAAUGGCAUCUCAUAUAUUUAUAUUGUGCUCGUUCACACGUAGAUAUGGUACGGAAAAUAUAAGGAAAAUUUUAAAUCAUGCCGAAAAUCAUGUAAUAUGUGAAAAUGUAGAGAAAAAAGAAAAAUUCUUAACUUUUUACAUCAUUUUCAUAUUUAGAGCUUUAUUUUUUUUUUUUAUUAUAAACUGUGUCUAAGCGCAUUAUUAAUUUUAGUCACAUUAUCGUUAAAAAUAGGUGGGAAAUCUUGUUGACAGUGGGGGUAGCAAAUAAGCGUGCAAUUUAAACUUUGUAUAUUAUUUCAUUCUUACUAUUUUAGAAUAAUGUGGGGAAAAAAAACAUUAUACAACCACCUUAAACUGCGCAAGAUUUAUAUUUUGCUCCUGCCGCUGCUGUUUAACAGAAUGCAAAGGGAACGUUUUACUAUAAAUUAAGGAAACCAACGUGUCGCCCUUGGGAGAUUACUUUGCUGGGUAUAGCUAAAAUAGUCGGUGUUGAUUAACGAUGACAUUAACGUUGAUGCACGUUAUUCAUUCGAAAGUAUAUUUUGCAAUUCCAGAUAGCUUUCCCCUCAAAUCUUCACAAACUAAAAAUACACAUUUUUUUUUUUAUAUAUAUUGUUUUGACCGUAACAAGAGAAUUUAGUUUUUCUUCAUCUUGAGAGAAGCCUUUAUGACAGUGGAGUAGCCUGUGCCUCAAACUUUUUUGGGCUUUUACCUCCCUUAAAAAAUAGAUUUUUCUAGCUUUUCCCUCAGGCUUUCAUGGUACCGAGUAGGCCUCAGUUCAGUAGUAACCUAGAGAUAAAUACCCUUAUGCCUUAACUUCCACACAAGCCAAACAAUUAAAACAUGAACAUUAAAAAAAUAAAAAAUAACGCUACAAUACUUGCUCAGGUUUUUAUGCAAGAUUAACAUCUGUUUGCUCAAGGCUUCACGUGCAUGCUGACCUAUUUCUCCUACCAGCCCCAAAAAUGAUCGCCCUCAGACGAAGUUUCAUUACGUCAUUUUCAGUGGAUUUGGAAAUGUGGUUAGAUGUCGGAUUUAUUCAUUAAAAUUGAACCAAGUGUUUUUAUCAUUCCUAAUAAAAUAACAAAUUUUUAAAAAAUAAAAAAAUAAAUAUGUAUUGUUGCCUUUUUGAAAUCCUCCCCCUCCCCCCAUGGUGUCUCAAAAAUA